GAGGUUCAGUGGAACGAGCACAACGCUGACGGCUCGGCUUCAGGGGCGUCUUGCAAGCCCUGCGGUGAGAAGAUGUCCGCUCUCUUCCCUUGGGCAACCGACUUCUCGGAGGCAGUGAGUUGCGCUCAAGACGACAAGCAGUUCAAGAUUGACUGGAAGAACACGGCGUCUCAGCCGUCCGACCCCAACUCCAGGAGUUUCCCCACGGAGGACGUCUACGAGCUCAUCGAACAGAAGUACACCAUCUACAGGGACUUUAUCUACCUGACGGACAAGGACGUGAAGGAGCUUACCGACAAGACGGCAAAGAAGCUGAAGUUGAAACCAUUCGACGGCAUUGACGAGAAUGGCUACUAUGAGAAAGGCUACCUGGUGGAGGACGACGUCGGCGGCGCAUUCACGUCGGGCUUCAAGCGCAUGCGCGUGGAGAUAUCGAGGGGAGCAGCUCGGAAGGUUGUCAAGCUUGAGAGGGCCAACCACUUCAUCUCAGAGCAGGGUGCUAUGACGUGGAGGGCGCAUUUCGAGCAGGAUGCCAACAACAAUACCAUGCAGACCGCCAUCUCCAUCGCGCCUGCAGGCUACGCCGCCAGCUGCGUGAGCAGUACACGAGGUGGGUUCGAUGACGAGUUCGCGGAGUGCCCCAAGGAGGUGCCCAAGAAGUUCGCCUACUGGAUCCAAAUGAACGACCUCACCAAGAUACUUGCCGAUGGCAACCUGGGACGGGCUAAGAAAGAAGGGUACGCUCUAAUGAGGCGCACCCAAGGGUGCAAGGACCACGAGGACAACUAUUCCAAGCUCAAGAGUCACAUGGAGCUCGUUGAGUGCGCCUUGAAGGUGAGGCCGUCCAUGCUCACCAACACUGGUCCUGCGGAGAUCACGACGUCCCUCAAGAAGCUCAAGGCCGCCAACGCUGUCUUCCCCUUCUGCCUGCAGACCAAGCUGUGGCGCAGAGUAGUCGAUAAGAAGAUGGGAGAAUAUGUUACCCUCGACAGUGAUGAGAAGAUCGGGGAUCUCUUCAAGUUGUGCAAGCCUUACGGCAGCGUGCAGGACGUGGACGAGGCGAUGGUAACGUUCGACCCGCUGACGCCGACGAUUCCUACGAUGGGCUGCUCGGUGACAGAGGCGACGUCGGUGUUCGUUGAUUUUUUUAUCUCGGGUAUCUUCUGCAAGUAUAUCUUGAAUGGGAAGGACGGUGUAGACUCAGUUGUCAAAUUCUCCACGGGGAUGAUGAAGGUCUUGAAGGAAGAGCUCGAGGAGGAGCGGGCCCCUGAGUGGUUCAUCGAGUGCGCGUUCCAGUUGAACCUUUGCUUCAAGGUCGCAGUGGGUGCCAUCAGCCCUGGUGUCAACGAUGAUUUGGCGAAGCAGGCUGAGCUUAUAGCACAGUUGAGGGGGGCAGCGUCGACGGAGGGAUCCAUAGCUCAUCGGGUUUGGAGUGCGAUGAUCACGGGCACCUACUACUUGACACUGUUUGAGGAGGUCGAGCAGUUCGCAGAGAAGAGCGUCAAGUACCAGGGCGAGGUUACUGAGGCCGCUCAGGGUCUCGAUCGUUUCUUGAAGAUGAGCUGCGAGGAGUUCGAGGAGAACAUCUCUGAUGCCAUUGCGCACUUGGACACCACGUUCAAGCGCUUCGGCACGUGGGAGGUGUCCUACCGCCCAGGGACGUUUACUGAGUUCCUGGAUCAGACGAAGAGUCUUCUGAAUACUGUCAUCCUCACCUUCGCCAAGCUGACCAAGGAGCAGCAGGCCCCCCUGGCGCAGGAUGCUUACAAUAUGUGCGUGACGGUUGAGAAGUCUCUUCCCUUGGACGACGGGGUCGCUCACUUGAAGUUUCAGUGCACCAUGUUGAUCGCUGAGAAUAACCAGUCGGCGCGCGAGGCGUCCCUCAUGAUAGUCAUCAAUCGUGCUGCGACGAUCGUGCCUGAGGACCUCUGGAAGGACGAGUCCAUGUGCAACGAGAUCAAGAAGGCCGCAGAGGUCUGCACUGGCGGUAGCGUAUCAGCUGGCAUCGAAGGACCUGUGCAGAACGUCUUUGAUAAGAUUGCAGUUGGCGUCGCUGGUCAGAUCAGCACUUCUACGGCGACGACGCAGGUUUCGGACGCGAUUUCCACGUUGUCUUCUCUUGCUGGUAUCCUCCCCAAGACUAACACGGCGAGCCAUGCGAUGAACAACAAUCUGAUUCGUUUGUGCAAGGUCGCGUUCCCGUUCGUUGACGCCCAGGCGUCUAUGAUGAAGGCAAUCGAUCAGCAUGGCGACACCUCGGAUAAGCUUCUCCCCAGCCUGCGCACGUGCAUGGGCAAGGCCGACGCGCUCCAGAAGCAUCAGAAGGCGUGCGAUUCCAUGGAGAGCGACGCGCUCAAGAUUGCAAUGCCCUUGGUGACGAAGGCCUUGGAGGAUUACGAGUCGACGUCGAAGGGCGUCUGCGACGCCAUCAUCACGUCAAGCUUCGAUGGCCUCAGUCGCCUUGCAAAGGACUUGACGGGGAUCGCCAGGGGCGGCGUGGACGGCGCGGCCUGGUACGACACCGCUGGGGCCUGCGUCAAGUUCGACGACUUCGUCAAGCACGGCAGAGACACUAUCAUGCAGGUCGGUGCCGCCAAGUACGCGGAGGAUGCUGGAGCCUUGAGCCAGGCAUUGGCCGACCACGAGGCGCUGCUGGGUGAUCUCGGCAGGGACGGCUUCGAGGCGAAGCCAUUCGUGGACCUCGUCUCACACUUGACAAUCUCGAGGGCGGAGUGCGAUGCCAUCCAGAUGUUCUCGGAGAAGAUGGCGCCCGUGGCUCUCCAGAAGAGCGCCGCCGCCCUCAAGCUGGUCUUGAAACCUUGCGGCGGCGUGCAGGCCAUCCACAAGAGGCUCGCCGAUCGCGUCAUGGAG